AUGCUGCCGUGGGUGACACUACUGGUCCUGGCUCCUCUCAGUGGACAAUGGGCUACCACAACCAAACCCAUUAUUUCCCUCCAUCCUCCAUGGACCACUGUCUUCCAAGGGGAGAGAGUGACUCUGACUUGCAAUGGGUUUCACUACUCACCACAGAAAACAAAAUGGAAACAUUCGUAUCAGAGGAGAGAAACAGUAAGAGACAUCCCAGGAGACACCCUCGAGGUUCAUGAAUCCGGAGAGUACAGAUGCCAGGCCGGGAGGUCAACCCUAAGUAACCCUGUGCGCUUGGACUUUUCUUCAGCUUCGCUGAUCCUACAGGCUCCCCUUUCUGUGUAUGAAGGAGACCUCGUGGUCCUGAGGUGCCGGUCAAAGGCAAGAGUAGCACUGUACACUAUUUACAAGAAUGGUGAAGCCCUGACAUCCCUUGAAGGAACCUCUGACUUCUUUAUUCGUGAUGCACGUCUGAAGGACACUGGUGCGUAUCACUGUACUGGAUUUACAGAAGAUCACUCCAUUUCUUCCAACAAAGUCCAAAUCCAAGUCCAAGAUCUGUUUCCAACUCCCGUGCUCAGAGCCAGCCCCUCCCAGCCUCUGGAGGGAAGGUCCAUGACCCUGAACUGUGAGACCCGGCUCCCUCCACAGAAGUCAAAGGUCCAGCUCCAGUUCUGCUUCUUCAGAGACAGGCAGGCCCUGGGAUCAGGCUGGAGCAACUCCACAGAGCUCCAUAUCCCUGCAAUGUGGACUGAAGAUUCAGGGUCGUACUGGUGCCAGGCAGGAACCAAGAAUCUCAGCAUCAUACGCAAGAGCUGGAGUUCCCAGAUACACGUGCAGAAUAGAGUCACAAGGCCCAUCACAGUUUCAUGGUACCGAAGAUUUAAAAACUGGGAUGAGAAAAUAAAGACUCCGAUGUCCUCAGAAUUCAAGAUCUUCAUGGUGAAAAGCAGCGAUGCUGGAGAGUAUUACUGUGCAGCUAACAACAGACACAGCUCCUUCGUCAGCAAACCAGUGACCAUCGAGGUGAAAGUCCCCGUGUCUCGUCCUGUCCUCACCCUCAGGCCUGCUGGGGCCCUGGCUUUUGAGGGAACCACUGUGACACUUCACUGUGAAGCCAAGAAAGGUUCUCCACGCAUCCUGUACCAGUUUUAUCAUGGGGAUGUCCCCCUGGGGAGCAGCUUAACUCCCUCUGGAAGUGGAGUGUCCUUCAGCUUAUCUCUGACCACACAGCAUUCUGGAAACUACUAUUGCACAGCUGACAAUGGCCUCGGCCCCCAGCGCAGUGAGGCAGUGAGCCUCUCUGUCACUGUUCCAGUGUCUCGCCCUGUCCUCACUCUUAGGACUCCCCGGGCCUGGGCUGUGGUGGGGGACGUGGUGGAGCUUCUCUGUGAGGCCCCGAGAGGAUCUCCGCCGAUCUGGUACCAGUUUUAUCACGAGGAUGUCAGCCUGGGGAACAGCUCAGCCGCCUCUGGAGGGGGAGUGCCCUUCAACCUCUCUCUGACUGCAGAACAUUCUGGACUCUACUUCUGUGAGGCCAACAAUGGCCAGGGACCCCAGCGCAGUGACACAGUAUUACUCAACGUUAACAUUCCAGUGUCUCGUCCUGUCCUCACCCUCAGGGCUCCCCGGGCCCAGGCUGCGGUGGGAGACAUGGUGGAGCUCCGCUGUGAGGCCACGAGAGGCUCUCCCCCAAUCUCAUACCAGUUUUAUCAAGAGGAUGCCACCCUGGGGAGAAGCUUGGCCCACUCUGGAGGAGGAGCGUCCUUCAACCUCUCUCUGACUGUAGAACAUUCUGGAAACUACUCCUGUGAGGCUGACAACGGCCUGGGGGCCCAGCGCAGUGAGAUGGUGACAUUCAAAGUCAUAGUUCCAGUGUCUCGCCCUGUCCUCACCCUCAGGGGUGCCAGGGCCCAGGCUGUGGUGGGGGACGUGGUGGAGCUUUGCUGUGAGGCCCUGGGAGGCUCUCCCCCAAUCCUGUACCAGUUUUACCACGAAAACAUCACCUUGGGGAACAGCUCAGCCCCCUCUGGAGGAGGAGUGUCCUUCAACCUCUCUCUGACUGCAGAACAUUCUGGAAACUACUCCUGUGAGGCUGACAAUGGCCUGGGGGCCCAGCGCAGUGAGAUGCUGACACUCAGCUUCACAUGGCUGACCGAAAACAGAAGGGGUCCUGUGGCCACAGGCGUCACCGGGGGACUGCUCAGCAUGAUGGGCCUUGCUGCUGGGGCGCUGCUGGUCUACUGCUGGCUCUCAAGGAAAGCAGGGGGAAAGCUCACCUCUGACCCCUCCAGGAGCCCUUCAGACUUGGACCCCCAAGAGCCCACCUACUACAAUGUACCGGCCUGGAUAGAACUGCAGCCAGUGUAUGGCAAUGUAAAUCCUAGAGGAGGAGACGUGGUUUACUGCGAAGUACGGAGCAUCCCGGAGAAAAACAGGCAUGCAGCGGCCUCUGCACCCCGGCUUCCCAGUAACAAGGACUCCUCUGUCAUCUACUCCCAGGUGAAGGUGGCAUCAACCCCAGCCUCCAGGACCCAGCUCUUGGCUCCCUCGGCUCCUCACAGAUGA